AUGGUGACAAUAGAUUUACAGAAUAAAGCACAAGAACCAGGAAAGAGCUCACAUGGCUACUAUGUUAUUGAAGCCGUCUACGAGGAAUCGAAUCUGUUUAGAAAGUUCGUCCACGUGCCAACAGCACAAAUUAGUGAAGACAAAAUCACAAUUCAGAACAGAGAAAGGAAACUUGAGGUUAUAGUGGACAAGAAAGAAGAAGGAGGAGACAAUGUGUACACAUUCGAAGUAUUAUUUUUAGCAUUGGACCUGGAAAAUCCUCUGAUCAUAAUCAUUGAAUCGGAGUCUGAAUCAAAAUUUUUUAGGUACUCGGACUUAAUGGGAGAAGGUAAACCAGGCUCAAAAAGGUUAUCAGAAAUUGAGGAUUACCACGAAGAAGUUAGCAUUUUAGACCCAUUGUACAACGAGAGUAUCAAAGCAGGAACUGUCUUGGUAUACAGACUCGAAAAAAAGAAAAAUUACACGGGAGUCCAAGUUCAUAGGGAGGAUGAAGACUCUGAAUAUAGAGUAUACGUACACACUCCAGACGACUUAUGCAAAGAUCGUAGCUCAUGCGUAUCCUACAACAACAAACUGGUGUUAACCUAUAUAGACGACAAACAUGAAACUGGAGCACUGUAUCCGAUCCAAGAGAAGCCAUACGAGAGAAUAAAAGUCUAUAACCAUGGCAACAUGGAUGAAGGAAACCUAAUACAGUUUGAUUGCGAAGGGAAAUCCUUUAGCUAUGAAAAGACUGAGGAGGGCAAGUGGAAGUACAGAGAAGGGCAUAAGUUGGAGGAAGAAGAGGCCGAAGAGAGCGAGGAUGAGGAAACUGAAGACUCAUUCCAACCAGAAAAUUCUGAAAAUCGUUUAAGUUCAGACAAUAAGGCGAGAGGAUGGGAAGAUGCAACGGAGGCAACGAGGGAAAGCGAUUCAGCCGAGGACAUCCCGGACUUUUUGAGGGGCUCAUUUGAGCCAACCAAUUAUACUGAGGACAUGAUUAAGAAUAUGGAUAGAGGCGAAGAUGACCACGACGGUCGAUUACCUGAUGAUCAUAAACAAGGUCACAUAGAAGAUGCGACUAAAGGCGCUUCUGGACCAGAGAAUAAGAGUCUUAUUGGGAAAAACACAGGUAAAACCAUUGAUGAGGGGGCCUUUGAACACGACAACGGGGCACAAGCGCUAACAGGAACGUUAAUUCCUGUAACAAUUGCAGUGUUGGCGUGCCCAGCCUACAUGGCAUACGAAUAUUACCUUAAACGCUGA